AUUUUUUUCGUCGCCAAGGUUAUAGUGUCAAAGCUUGCAAAGGCCCUUGAUAAAUGCUCCAUUAUUACUACUAUUGCAAAUGGCAGGUUUGAUUUCUACACCACGUGGACGGCAGGGUUGACAGUAUUAGCAAAUCGAUUGCAAGCGGACUUCGAUGAAAAGAUUUGUAUAUGGCCCAAUUUCAGCUUGACAGCGAAUAAUAUACAAAUAGUAUUAAACUUUGCAUAUGCAGCGGAUUUUAUUGCAUUAUACAAAAAUCAAUAAUGGUUUUCUAGGCGCAAGCGCUACUGUCACAACGAGUGGAUCCAUGCACUGCGUCCAACAGACAUACGCUACAAUGAUAAUUGUCAAUCUGAUUUACAAUUACUGAUAGAACAUAUCAGCCAGCUAAAAUAUCUCCGUUAUUUUUAAUUAACACAUCGCAAAAAGUUUCAAGUCUUCCAGAGGAAUUAAACUAUUCGUCAUAAAUGGCACGCAAUACGAACUGUGGUAAAGUUUACUUAGGAUACGAAGAUGAAUGUGUCACGGAAAAACAUCGUUCCCUUGUCAACUUUACAACGAAUAAGAUUGGGGGUAAACCGGAUUGGCACUGUGGUAAAACAUCGAUAAAAACACCUCAAUGUACCUUGUGUGGGCUGCAGCAAUUAUUAGCCCUGCAGAUCUAUGCACCGCUAGACAACUCAAAAUACCACCGUACACUUUAUAUAUUUACCUGUAUUAAUCCAAACUGCUGGAAUCAGAAUGAAAGCUGGACUUGUAUUCGGGUUCAAUCAGUUGAAGAUAUGAGCGAUGUAAAUACCUCAGCCAGCAGUAGUGUUCAUACGGAGUCUCUGACAAGUUGGCUAACUAAUGCAGAUGACUGGGGCAAUGAUUCCAAUGACAAUACAUCUGAACAGAAUGGAAAUAAUGUUGCAUUCUCUCAAAGACAAUUUAGUCUCUCAUCGUGGAACGAAAGCCUCGAUCAUGAUUUCAACAACGAUUUUACAAAAUUACAUGUUGAUGAUCCUAAUGCAAACAGUCCUACAGGUAUAGAGAGCCCCACGGUUGGUGGAGGAGGUGCAGUAGGAAGAUUGGAUUCUCCUCAUGCUUCAGCUGAGAUAGAAGGGGAAGAGAAUGAAGUGAUUUGCAUUGAUAGUCCCACAAAGCCACAACAUGAUUUGGUUACAUUACUGCACGAAGUGACACCUCUUCCCAUACAGCAUGUCGAGUCUAAGGACGCCGUUUGUCUGUCGUUUACAGAAAUAUUUAUCUCUGUUGAUGAAGAAGACUGUACCAAUUAUGUGACACAGCAUGUUCGCGAUUUACUCCUUGAGUACCAACAGUGUAAUCCUGAUUCAAUUCCCAAUUCACCUGUUGAUUCUGGAGCUAGCAAGCAAACUGAUACUACCCUAGAGAAAUAUGAAAAGGGUAUCCCUGUCCAUGGAGAUGAAAUGUUCCACGAUUUUAUGUCCAGACUACAGAUGAACCCAGGACAAAUCCUCAGGUAUUCACGAGACGGUAAUGCUGCUCUGCUACCAUAUCCCAUAGGAGGCACUGUAGGUAGAUGUAAACACUGCGGAGAACAAAUGACAUUUGAAUUACAAAUAUUACCGACUAUAAUACCUAAGCUGAAGCUCAAUACUCAACAGGAACAAGAUUUCCAAAUUGAAUUUGGAACAGUUUUGAUACAUACUUGUUCCCGUAGCUGUUGGUCAUCAACAGAUACUUAUAGAGAAGAACCAGUUAUUGUACAAGCUGAGAAAUUGUUUUAGAAAUUUCCCCUAGAGAAGCAAUUUAAAAUGAUAUUUUCGAACUAUACAUAAGGUAAAUUUUUGAUCCAACUUUGUAGAAAAAUACCGUCCACCGCUCGGUAUUUAUUAGAUCUGCUGCAGACUAGUAAAGGUAGUUUAAGCCGGGAGGAAUGAUGUAUGAGAAAGUGUCGCCCUACCUCUAGCUAUGAAUGUUCCUGACACAAGAUUUUAAUAUCUGUUGCUUGUUAGAAUUUUUUUGAUAUGUAUAAGCAGUUACUAUACAUGUAGGUUUAAAAUACUUUACGUCGAAGAGACGAAUGUAAUUAUUUAAUGCUGACAGCAGUAUGAAGUCAUCUGAUUGACGAUUUUCCACUUGGUUAAUUGAAUUUCUUUAUUAUAUCCAUAAUAUUGCUCAUUUGAAUUCGAGCUAUACUGCAGUAAUUAUUAAAAUCCGCAGUUUAAUUUUGACAAGCAAUAGUUAGUGAUCUUUACAACGCUACUAACUGCUACGUACUGGCUCAAAGUACACAUCGAGAAGAAUAAAUAAUAUUUUAAAUUAUUCAAGUGGUUAUGGAAUAAGAGGUAGUCUAUUUCAUAAUUCAUCUUCCAUGUAAAAAAUUCCAUGUAAAUUAUAUGCAUUGAAACUGGAGAGAUUCAACUUUCUUUCCAUAAAUGUAAAUGUAUAACGCAUAUGGAUAUACCUAUGAUGAUUAAUUUAUUCGAAUUGAUUGAAACGAUAUAAUAUGAUACUGGUAAGUUGAACUCGUUUCGAAUGUUCAAUUAUUUCUUAGUAAAAAAUACUUCCACCGAAAAA